AAAAUGUGACUGCACCGUAUAUCGAGCUGCCAACCUUGUCCCUUGUGGAGAACGCCACCUCUGUGACGCUGACCUGCAAAACCAGCCACCAGGGGGUUGAUGUCCGUUGGUAUCUGAAGGGUCAGCCGCUCAGGCCUAGUGAGCACCUGACACUGUCAUCCCAAAACAGAACCCUGACCAUCCACGGCCUUCAGAGAAAUGAUACUGGGCCCUAUGAAUGUGAGGUGUGGAACUGGGGUAGCCAGGCACGCAGCGAACCCCUGAAGCUCACCAUCAACUAUGGCCCCGACCGAGUGGACAUCACCCAGGGGUCAGCGUCUGGAGUGAUCAGCACCAUUGAGGCAGCGUUCAACUCCAGCCUGACCCUGCACUGCCGGGCUGACUCCAAACCAGAUGCCAGGUAUCACUGGACCCACGAGCACUCCUCUGAGGUAGUUGCUGGGGACCAACUGAGCAUUGAGGCUCUGAGGCAGGAGCAUCAGGGCAUUUACAGCUGUACAAGUUCCAAUGACGUCACCGGCCUGGCCCGAUCUGCCUCUGUCCUGGUCAUGGUGGUAGGUCUCCAGCCAUCCUCUAUGUCUCCUGGAGCCAUCGUUGGCAUUGUUCUCGGGAUCCUGGUUGCCAUUGCUCUUGCGAUAGGACUGGGCUACUACCUCUACAGCACCAAGGGCAGAUGGACCUGCAGGAGAUCAGCCAGUGAUACAAAUACCAUGCCACCCACCUCUGUGAUGCAGAGCACCCCAGAGUCCAGACCCAACAAACCAAAGCCUGUGCAUGACAAUACACCAAAGCUCGAAGGAGAGGCCAGAGGGAAAAAGGAGUAUAGGUUGACAUCUCCUGGUCCAUCUUGACGAUGGGUCUUACUUGACUUCUUUACUCACUUGUAGAAGAAACUACCUUCCGCAGCUCCUGAGGGCACCAGGAAGCCAAUGCCCCAAAUUCCGAAGCAGCCGUUGGUCCCCCCAGUACCAGGCAGACCUGAAGAGUCAGAUUAUGAGGGAUUGCUGUCUCCAAACCAUAGUCUUUACUCCAAGAUGAACCCAUUAGCCUGA